AUGACAGAGGCAACAUAUGGCGUUCCCCCUCGAACAAGACAAGUUCCCCUAGUGAAUCAAGUGAGGCGUUCUGUCCCUUACCCCGCGACUUUCUCUGACUGUUGGCACCGAGAAAACAAGGAAGAUCCUCGCGAUGAGGGUGCACUCGCGAUGAGGCGCAACGACAACAGUGAUACCGCGAAUGUCUUGUCACCUAAUGUGGACUUUUGCUCAAUGCUUCAUCCCCCUGAUUCCUCAACUGUGGAUCAAGAAUGGGCUCGAUUCCACACUGGACAACUUUUCUCGACAAACAUGCUUUGUAGAGAUCGUUUUGGUCAAAACAGCUUGUCGUCUUCACCCCUCACUCGAACUCGUAUUACUGCAGCCGAGUCACCCACUAUCGAUGCUGUUACGUUGCCAGAUCGAGCCCUUCUCAGAAAGUCUGUAUCUUUGUACACAAGAUCCAUCAUACGAGCAACGUUCCCCAUCUUGGAUCCAGGUCUUUUUGAAGAAACGUUAACAAUGGCCUAUGGACCAGCUGGUCAUGACCAUUCUGACGCAACAAGCGCGAAGGCAUGUGUGAUCGCCUUUUGUAUCUUCGCCUAUCUGGUCCCUUUGGGUGUUCGAGUGUGCUCAGAAUCAGAUUUCCAUCAUUUCACUGCUGUAAUUCAGCAAUCAUUACCUUCAAUGGUCGAAGCACCGGCAAUUGACGGCUUUCAGACAUGCAUCUUCUUGUUAAUAUCCCAAUUUCUGACCGGCAAGUUGAAAUCCGCUACCGUCACAAAUUCAAUUGCGGCGCAUUUUGUCUUUUACAUGGGGGCCCAUCACGAAUGGCCCACAUAUUCUUCCAACAAAAAGCAAAACACUGGUUCAGAUUGUAUCAAGGUACAUCUACGGAACUUAUUUUGGGUUUGCUAUACAGUUGACAAAGAGCUUUGUCUUCGGGGAUGCCAGCAGCCUGCUCUCAGUGAUGAUCAUUGUGAUCUCAAUCUCUCAUUGGAAUACCUCGAGACCGUCUCAAGGGAUUUUUCAAAGAAUUCGCCAAUCGACAAAGUCCAUCCAACUUUCUUAUUCCCCAUUGACAUCAAGCUGAGCCAAAUCAAAUCUCGAGUGUACGAGUCGCUCUAUUCGAAGGCUGCAUUCCGAAAAUCCAACAUGGAGCUUAUAAUGAAUAUUCGGACUCUGGAUUACUCUCUGGAGGCAUGGCGCAUGGCUGUUCCCGAGAUUUGCCGCCCGAGUCUUACAUUCAAGGGCAUGAAACUGGACCCCGGAAACAUCGAGAUCAGAGCUUUACUUCUUCGGCUCGACUAUCUUUACUGCGUGACGGUCAUACAUCAGGCUAGUAACCGAUGUUUGCAACCCGAUAUCGCUUUUGAUGUAAAGAAAACUGCAAACACUACUAGCAUCGCGCUGGCUGUUGAAGCUAGUCGAUCCUCAUUGAAGAAUUUGCAGUCUACUGGUCAUAUCUUUACCAAAGGAACUUGCUGGAUGGUACUUUUUUAUCCUCUUGCUGCAACAGUGACUAUCUCUUGUAACAUUCUCGACAAUCCUGCUGCUCAGUCGGCUGCUGAUGAUUAUGAGCUUCUGAUCGAUGUUCCAAGAAUCAUCUCCAACAUCUCAACAGAUAUUCACCUUUUGGAGGAAUCCCGUCAUCUAGAUCUGCUGCAAUCUUUUGUACGGGAAUUGGUUGAUGCAACAGGAUGUGCCAUGUUGAGGACGAGAAAGCGAGUUGUAUAA